ACAUCGUGGACCAAUGAGAAUCCGACAACGCACGAGCCGGGUCCACGUUAGGUCACUUCCACAAGCACGUUGCAGGGUAAAGGUGUGCGAAAUUUAUUAGAAAUUAGACUCUCAUCGAAGGCAAGAUGAAGAUUGUCGUCGUAGCUCUUGCUCUUAUCGCCGCUGCUCAGGCCAGCGACGUCCUCGAAUUAACAGAUACCGACUUUAAAUCUAAAGCUGCUCAACAUGAAUUGACCCUUGUCGAGUUCUUCGCACCGUGGUGUGGCCAUUGUAAAAAGCUUGCUCCGGAAUAUGAAAAGGCUGCAACGACUCUGAAAUCAAAUGACCCUCCUGUCGCUUUGGCCAAGGUUGACUGUACUGUCCAGACUGAAGUGUGUAAACAAUAUGGGGUCUCGGGGUACCCAACCCUGAAGAUCUUCAGGAAUGGUGAAUUUGCUGAAGAAUACAACGGCCCCCGAGAGGCAGGUGGCAUUGUCAAACUCAUGAAGUCCAAGGCUGGGCCUUCCUCCAAACUUUGUGAAUCCGAAGAGGACUUGAAGAAGUUCCUGGCAGUGGAGGAAUAUGGAGUAGUUGGCUUUUUUGGUUCCAAGGACGACGAACUGGCCAAGAUAUUCAAGACUACGGCUGAUACCAUGUCCAGUGAUCUGCGAUUUGCUCACACAUACAGCAAAGAUGUUGCAAGGAAAUUCAAACGCUCAGAUGAAAUUGUAAUCUAUAGACCCAAAAAAUUCCAGAGCAAAUUUGAAGACAAAGAGGUCGCCUUUGAUGGGGAUGUGAAGGAAUACAAAGUAAAGGCGUGGAUUGAAGACACAAGCAAGGGCCUGUGUGGGCAGAGGAAGCAAGACAACGCCGACCAGUUCAAGAAGCCUUUGUUUGUAGCAUACUACGAUGUCGACUAUGUCAAGAAUAUUAAAGGAACAAACUACUGGAGAAACAGAGUGAUGAAGGUCGGGAAGAAGAUUAGGGACGAGGGCAAGACUGUCUACUUCGCCAUCAGCAACAAGGAGGAAAUGAAGUUUGAGCUGAAUGAGAACGGUAUCGACGACAUCUCCGGUGACAAGCCAUUUGUCUGCGCCAGAGAUACACAGGAUAAAAAAUACAGGAUGGAGGGAGACUUCAGCAUGGAGACAUUUGAACAGUUUGUGAGGGAUGUUCUUGAUGGGAAGGUGGAUCCCUACCUCAAGUCUGAAGCCGUCCCGGAGCCUAAUGAUGAGCCGGUCAAGGUUCUCGUGGCCAAGAACUUCGAUGAAAUUGUCAACAACAAGGAGAAGGAUGUUCUUAUUGAAUUUUAUGCUCCCUGGUGCGGCCAUUGUAAGAGUUUGGCCCCGAAAUAUGAUGAAUUAGCAGAAAAGCUUAAGGAUGAGCCAGAGAUCACGAUAGCCAAGAUGGAUGCUACAGCAAAUGAUGUAGGAAAACCAUACGAAGUCUCUGGAUUCCCAACACUAUACUUUGCACCCAGGAACUCAAAGAGUGCUCCCAAAAAAUAUAAUGGAGGUCGUGAGGUCGAUGACUUCUUGAAGUAUCUGGCAAAAGAGUCUACAAACCAACUGAGGGGAUACGAUAGAAAUGGAAAGAAAGUUAAAUCUAAGAAGACAGAGCUUUAGAGGAGAUUGUUAUUGUACAGAUGUAAGAAUAUUCCGCAGUAGCUAGCCUCAUCAUCUCCCCCCCCCCCUCGAUUCUGUUGGCAGGAGCGAUAGUUUCAUUGGCUGCGACAUGGCAAGUGGAAUUACUGUUCUUGUCUGUCUGCUGUCAUUAGCUCAAAACAUGUACAUUUUAUACUGUCAUUCUUUUAGUUCCCACUGUUUGAUGUAUAUUUUGAAGAUGUCAACUCAUUUAUCCGGGGAGUGCUUGGUGUUUGUCAUGAUAAUCAUGAUUGUGAGUUUGUUCAUUUCUAAAUCCGACGCUUCCAAUCUUCCCUGACUUAAUAACUAAACUCACUAUACAGAUAAGUAUCAUAAAGCCUGUCAUCUCUACCUAACAUGUUUUUACUCAGUUGGAAACUUUUCCUUAAUUAUUUAUUCUUCUUUGUAAGAUGAUUAAUUUUAUAGAUUGAUCUGUCUGUAUACAGGUUUACAGAGGUUCAUUUUAUGCUGACAUGUUAUUUAUGUGCCAUCGGGAUACAGUACUCUGAAGUCCGUACGUCGCCAUCGUCAUCAUGUGUUGUGCAUUACUCGCCUAAUGCGUAUGUUUGGCUAUUUGUUAAAAUUUUCAUACAUGCAAGAUGUAUAAAUGAUAGUUAUAUCGAAAGUAAAUAUUACAUUUCA